UGCGGGGCCCCCGAGGCGCUGGUGGCGGCAGCACGCGCAGGGCCCCUAGCGGCCUCGGCCGAGCAGCCGGGCCAUGGUCUUGGUCCUCUGACGGGCGGCUGCCUCCCCGAUGAAGCGCAAGAGCGAGCGGCGCUCGGCGUGGGCCACCGCGCCCCCCUGCUCGCGCCGCAGCUCGUCCACCUCGCCCGGCGUGAAGAAGAGCCGCUGCUCCACGCCGCAGCAGCUGCACCGCCUGGACCAGCAGGACGACCUGUACCUGGACAUCACCGAUCGCCUUUGUUUUGCCAUUCUCUACAGCAGACCAAGGAGUGCAUCAAACGAACAUUAUUUCAGCAUAGAUAAUGAACUUGAGUAUGAGAACUUCUACGCAGAUUUUGGACCAUCCAUUACAAUGCUAAGGAAGAAAAUUAUUCAUUUUACUGGCACUGAUCAGAGAAAACAAGCCAACGCGGCAUUCCUCAUCGGGUGUUAUAUGGUUAUAUAUUUGGGGAGGACUCCGGAAGAUGCAUAUAGAACAUUAAUCUUUGGAGAUACAACCUAUAUUCCUUUCAGAGAUGCUGCCUACGGAAACUGCAGUUUCUAUAUUACACUUCUCGACUGCUUCCACGCAAUGAAGAAGGCAAUGCAGUAUGGCUUCUUUAAUUUCAACACAUUUAACCUUGAUGAAUAUGAACACUAUGAAAAAGCAGAAAAUGGAGAUUUCAACUGGAUAAUACCAAACCGAUUUCUUGCCUUCUGUGGACCUCAUUCAAGAUCCAGACUUGAAAGUGGUUACUACCAACAUUCUCCUGAGACCUAUAUUCCGUAUUUUAAAAAUCACAAUGUAACUACCAUUAUCCGUCUGAAUAAGAGGAUGUAUGAUGCGAAGCGCUUUACAGAUGCUGGUUUCCAUCACUAUGACCUUUUCUUUCCGGAUGGCAGCACCCCUGCUGAAGCCAUUGUCAAAGAGUUUCUGGAUAUUUGUGAAAAUGCUGAGGGUGCCAUUGCAGUACAUUGCAAAGCUGGCCUUGGUCGAACAGGCACUCUGAUAGGCUGCUACCUCAUGAAGCAUUACAGGAUGACAGCAGCAGAGACCAUUGCCUGGCUCAGAAUCUGUAGGCCCGGCUCGGUGAUUGGGCCUCAGCAGCAGUUUCUGGUCAUGAAACAAUCGAGCCUCUGGCUGGAAGGCGACUAUUACCGUCAAAGGUUGAAAGGGCAGGAGAAUGGACCCCACAGAGCAGCCUUAUCUAGACUUCUCUCUGGUGUUGAUGACAUUUCAAUAAAUGGGGUCGAGAAUCAAGACAAGCAAGAACCUGAGCCGUACAGUGAUGACGACGAAAUCAAUGGCGUGACACAAGGAGAUAGACUUCGGGCCUUGAAAAGUCGGAGACAAUCCAAAGCCAAUGCUAUUCCCCUCACAGUAAUUCUUCAGUCGAGUGUUCAGAGCUGUAAAACAUCUGAACCUAACCUUUCGGGCAGUACAGGCAUUACUAAACGAACUACCAGAUCUGCUUCGAGGAAAAGCAGUCUUAAAAGCCUGGUUCCUCAGAGGGAAAGAAGGAAAAGGACUGCUUUGCGGCAAAUGCCUGUGCUGGCGUUCUGUCCAUCCAUUUCAAGGACUAAGACAGUCUUGCGUUAAGUAAAAAAACCGUGACCAGAACUGAAGGAAGACUAGGAACAGAAAACUCCAACAGGACUUAGCACAGUCGGUUUGAGAACAAAACAAACAUUGCAAAGGCCUUAGUUGACUUUCCACCUAAGAAGUUUAUUCAAUGAAGAAAAUGUCACUGGAGUCUCAGCCACUGAGUCCGGGGUGCCAUUGAACCAAUUGAGGGGCCUGACUCUCCUUUUUGUAGAAUCGUCUCAAAUUGGACAACAAGGUUGCUGUUGUAAAUUUAGUCUCAGGUGUAAAUACCAGGCCCUCUGCCAUCCAGAGAGCUGCCUGGCGUGUGGUACGUUCGCGUCCUCAUGGUAGCAAUCGUAUUCGCUGCUGGCCUUCAGAAGAGUCAAGGAUCUGAUGGAGGUCUGUUAUGUAUUUAUUUCCUGUUCAGCCUGUGACCCCCCAUGUUACAAUUUAUAAAGUUGGAAGAUCACCCCCGUGGUAUUUUCUGUCCUCAGAUAUGGUUUGGUUUAAUCAUCUUCACUUUACUCUUUGUAAUAUGUUGUUGUGAUUAACAUUCACUCUGUGAAGUACCCAAGCUGCUUGUGUUUCACCAAAGAGUGCUUUAUUAACAAUCUGCGAAAACUGCAUUGAACACUGCUGUGUGCUGUAAUGUCAAAUGGCAUGUCAGUGACCUAAAACUUGCUAGAGAAGAUUAAUGAGAGCCUUGAAGGCUCAGGGGAAGCUGCUUCUUAGAAGAUUACUGUAAGUCGCUCCUUGUUAUGUUACUUAGAACAUGAGGAUUACAGAGCUGGAUGUUGUUUGCGUUGCCUGGUCAGACACAUUAUAAUCGUGUUUCCUUCCAUAUAUCAAAACCAAACAACAUUGCUGUUUCUUUUGCCUUUGGAACAGCAACCCCAAGUAAUGGUGGCUUUAAAAGCAAAAUUGUUAACUUUUUUUUUUGGUCUUCUGGAGACAGGGUCUCUCUGUAGCCCCAGCUGCCUCCCGAGUGCUGGGACUAAAGGUGUGCGCCACCAUACCCGGCUCAACUGUUAAUAUUUUUUGGAGUGUUUCUCUGUAAUACUGUGGAAUUUGUUUGUUUUUGUCUUUUCUUGUGAUUUACUCACUGUUUGAUUUAGCGACAAUCACUUGCUUCUGGAGUUCAGUUGUUUGUAGUUAAGAGAACUCACUGUUGCCUUUGGUUAGGGAAUAGACUAGAAACUGUGCAGAGUGCCUUCUUCCCUCAGCCCUGCUGAGAGUCAGCAGGGCCCAUGCCAUAAAGCAAUCACAAAACCAGAAUUUAUCUGCUGCUAAAAAGGAAAGAAAAGAAAAGGCUCAGGGUCCAUGGUUAAAGAAUAUUUUACAUCUCCUUGGUUACUUCGAUAAUCAAGGGUCGUGGUUUUUGUCCAUCCCAGUUUAGAGACUAGAGAGAUGCAAUAUUGAAAGCCAGUGAGAGCAGAUGCCUUCUUAGACAAAUGAAUGUGAACUUCCUCUUGAAGAACACGUUAAAGUCUCCUAAUACAAGAAUUGAAAGACAAUGGCUCCCCCUUUCAGUGUUUCUGUCCUAAAAGUGUGGCAUUGGCCUGGAGAUGUCAAUGUCUCGGCUGUACUAAUAGCUCUUCCCCCAUCAGGCACCAUGGGAGUAGAAGCAUGCAGCUUACAUUAGAGAAAGGAAGUUAAGGCGGUUUGCUGUCCCUGGAGGAAUAGGCUUAAGAUCUGGGUAGGAGGACAAAGCUUCCAUUUACAGCAUUGUGCUAAGAGAUGAUACUAAAUAUAUGAACUGCCCCAAGUUGAAAAUAGUGAAUUUUCAGGACAGCUCUUCCUGUCUGAACAAGCAAGACCAGGUAUGGGGGAGGCCACGUCCAUCUAAACCAAGCUAGGUUUGUCUUUCUCAUGUAUCAGAAUGAAUGAUGGGCCACCCACUGUGGCUCUGGCAGAGCCAGUUUGGUGAGUAAGCCACUUGCACAUCAGUGGAAAUUGCAGUGCUUUUAAAACUAUUUCAUAAGUUGCCUCUUUGUUUGGCUGCUCCAUCAUAGCUAGAAUUGCUUCCACUGUGGUGCUUGCUAAAAUCCCCUGUAUUUAACUCUUGCUGAAGUUACUCAUGGAAAAUUUGUGAAUUGGUGAGGACACACCCAGAUGUUGAGGGACACCACAUAGCAACAGGGUUAAAUGGACUGGGGACAUCUGGGAUACAGGAUGCUCCUGGGUCUGACUAAUGGAAAGUUUUUCCUGCACUGAAUUAGUGGUCCCCCUCUCCCUACCUCCCAUAACUAAAAUAACUCAGAAUUAUCUUGGAUUCUUAGACUCCUCAUAGAAGACCCAGUUAGGUUAUAAAUCACUGCAUAUCAGAUGGAGGGAUCCCUUUAACUGAAGAACCGUAAAUAGCUUUGAAAGUACACUGAAACCUCUUUCAGUAGAAUUAAAAUUAGAAAUUAAUAUUUAUAGGUAUCCUUGAAGCUUUUUGGGGACUCAUAUCAUUCAGAGUCAAGGAGAGUCCAAGAGAGGACUAUGCAAAGCCAGGCUCCAGAACUAAUGCAGUUCCAAGGCCAAACUAGAACUCUCUUGCCUACUGGGAAGAGGGAUUGGCAGUGAGCAGUGCCACCGUCAAGAGUGGCCUUACUUGUCUAACAUGACUUCUUUCUGGCCACAUACCACAUGUCUGCAAAACUUUCCAGUUUUAACUUGAUCCCCCAGUUUUAACUAGCCCCUAUUGGCUGUUUCCUUCAACACCCUUUGACCCCCUUCCAAGAGUAACUUCUCCCUCUUUGCUUCUGCCCAGACAGGUUAUAGAGGCUUUCCUAAGUAUUCGCAUGCGGCCAGUGGGUUUGCUGCUGGAGAGCAAUCUGAUCUGGCAGACAUUUCAGCUUUCUGGGUGGCUUGUGCCUGGAGUUCUGUGAGCUUCACCUUUGCUGAAUCCCUGUGUGACACGUGAGCUCUGCACUCACUUGCUGUGUCCUAGAAGUGGCUUGGCAGCUUCAUGUAUUUCCUGAAUGUUCUUACUGCAUCUCAGAAAGCAGUGGUUAUCAAAAACAACCUAAAAGCCCAUUCUAUUUCUUUAAGAUUUCUCUCCCAAUGGAAUGUCCUAGUGAGGCUAGCCAUUGCUCUUCCAUUUCUCCUAAAUCUGAGUUCUCCAUGUCACUGAGUGGGAAUAAUACAGACGUGUUUAAAAGACUGGACAACUGACCUAUACUGUGUGGGAAAUGAUCUCAUUGAUUACCCUGUAGACCUCACUGUUGACAUACAUGUCCAUCAGAUUUGAGGACUUGCUUUAUAUUCAUAGUUUGAAGACUUUUCUCUAAUGUGCACUUGUGUACAGAUUAUUAAAUGAAGUUUUAAAAUGUAA